GGCAUGCAAUUAAGUGACAGUUGUGAGAGAUUGAAUUUUCACAGCCAAUUAAUUGCAGCUUUGAAGUUUGAAAAAUUUGUUGCUCGAGUUUAGGGUGGUUUCAGACACUAUCCUGACCGUCACCCGACAUUUGUGCUCUCUCCUUCUAUAUAUACAUACACACACACACACACUCACAAACAUCGAUCAACUAUUACACACAGUACUGCAUUCUCACCACCUUAAUUCUUUCUUGUUUUUCAAUAUUCCCUCCAUUUUCCAUAAUCCCACAACGAAAAUCAUAGGAUUUUACAACUAUUCCCUUUGAAUAAUCUCUAAUUCCAGUCCAGAAAUUAGAGGGAGAUGAGCAGCUUUGGCCCUCAAAAUCAAGAACCCUUGAUGAAGAGGAUAUGGCAAGAAAGGAGAGUCUUCACUGCUCCCAACGUUAACCCUAAAAUCCUUCAGCCAACUUUGUCUGGGGGGUUCGACGACGACCUCGUAUCGGCGGUGGUGCCGCCUGUUACGGUGGUGCUGGAGGGCCGCUCGAUCUGCCAGCGCAUCAGCCUCCAAAAGCACGGCAGCUACCAGAGCUUGGCCAGGGCCCUCAGGCAGAUGUUUGCGGAUAUAAUCUCUGAUCAUCACAGCAGCUCUUCAUCUUCCCAUGAUCAUGAUCAUCAUGAUCAUAGUGAUGGCGGCGUUCUUGAUCUUUCAAAUGCUGUUCCGGGCCAUCUGAUUGCGUAUGAAGACAUGGAGAAUGAUCUCCUUUUGGUUGGUGAUCUCAACUGGAAGGAUUUUGUUAGAGUGGCUAAGAGAAUCAGAAUACUGCCAGUAAAGGCUAGAUCAAGGAAGCUGCUGCAGAAACAGGAGUUGAAUUAAUUGAUUAAUUUAUGCUUAAUUAGUUUUUUUGUUUUGAUAAUUAAUGUAAUUUUCACUUUUUAAUUCCAUUAAUCAAUAUUUUAUAAUAAGCAUCUAUCUUUCUUUGC